AUAUUUUAUUUAAUUCAUGCAUGUAAAAUAUUAUUUCAAGAUGUAAUCAAUUAGAAAACAUAUUAACAUAAUACUUUAUAUCCAUUAGUUUAAAUGUCUUUGAAAUCUGGUAUUUUACACUUGCAUCAUGUUACAAUUUGGAUCAGCAUACUUCAGGUGCUUAAGUGUGGCCUGAACCAGUUCUGGGGAAGGUGGAAUAAAAGCCAGGAAUUUACAAAACACACAGGUAAUUCUUCCACAUGAUCAAGUUUGAGGCCACUAACCUAGACUGUCCUGUACACAAUCCAUUCUACAACCAUUACUGAAUUAACAUUUGAAAAAAAAAAUGCCCCUUUAAUUAUGUCAAUCUUAAGAACCUAGAAAACCCUGGUACCUCCAAUUCAAUCAACACAGAUAGGUAUUCACAGUUCUCUAAAAGUGACCUCAUUCAUCCGUCCAACCUACUCUUCAAUUAGAAAAUGUUUUGGAUUCUUACAUAAAGCUUUCCUAAGCAAAUAUUCAUUCAUUCAACAAAUAUUUGUUGAGAACCCACUAAAUGCCAUCAUGGAUCUUACAGGUGUUAAAAAAAAUAAAAUAAAAAUGGAAGUCACAGUUUAGAUAUACAUCAAGACCAACUGCCCAUAACCACAUAAACCAAAACUUAAGUCAUUCUGAUUUCCCUGAAAUGCUCUAAUCAUAAAUAUAAAACAUAAGCUUUACAUUUUUGUUAGUAUGAUUCCGUGAAAUUAAGCCAAUCAACUGUAGACAAAUCAACUUAAACAGCUGUCUGCCCCCCCCCCACCAAAAUCUUAAUGUAUAAGGACCAAUAAUGGAAAAGCUCAAAAUGCUUCCUCCUUUAUCCUUAUAAGCUGUGCUGUUACUGGUGAGUGCAAGCUUCUUACCACCCUUCCCACUUGAUUUGAAGUCUCCUGGAUUCUGAUCUGUACUUUUUCUAUGACAAUAAACUUUUAGAUUCAUCCUAAUUUUAUUUUUGAUACAGGAAAACAGACCAAGUAUAACACAAACCAUUACACAAUUUUUUACAAUAAAAUAAAUGCUCUGAAAUAGCACUAUGAGAUGCUAUGAAAAUACUUCAGAGAGGUCCUUAUACAGUCUGAAGGGCCAAGGAAAAUGUCUUUAAGCAAAGUAACAUUUAAGUUAAGAAAGGGUGUGAAUAUAAUUAGGAAUCUGAGCAGAUAAAAUGAAAUUUCUAGGUAGAGAAGGAAUAUACAUUAUGGAAAGCACUAAGGUGGAAAAGAACAUGGAGGGCCAAGUUACUGAAAGAAGCAGACAGAUGAGGAAAGUAAUCUGAUAGGGGGCUUCCCAGGCAGGCAGAAACCUGAUAAAGCCAAACUCAUGAGCUUCCAAUUUUCCUUUAAAAAAAAAAGUAUAAAUAUUUAAACCAAAGUAGACUACAAACUCCUCAAAAGACACAGAGCAUUCCUUCUAAACCUCAUGUCUUAUGUCUCCUCAUAGAGUACAGAUAUUUAGUACUUCCUCUGUACAUAGAAAAAUCGUAAUUAUGCCAGCCUUUUAAUUUCUAGAAUUUCCAGGUUAUACUAACAAUUAUGUGUAGCUUCAGGUAACUUAAAAAGCACAUUAUCAUGAAACUCGAGAAAACCUUUCCUAAAGUGCUGAGUUUUAACAUAAAAUUCCUUAGAAAGAGAGGCAGUUUUUAUGUGGAAAAACAUGGGCACCAUGGUCUACCAGCGUGAUGCCAAAUUCUAGCUCUACCCAAGCUCCCAGUGGAAGGGGUGAAGGACAUCCAACUCCCUUGCUUCUUUACUCCUCACUUUCCCUGACAUUGUUCUUCAUAUCAAAGAUUGUGAUUUAUACACACACAGAGAUUUAAAGGAUUUAAGGAAAAAAAUUUUACUGGGUCAAGUCAACCUGUUACCUAUCACACCCAUGCCUUACUCUUCCAACUGAUCGAAACAUGAUAUACAACGCUGUACAGGCAGAAUUCUAAGCUAGUUCCCCACAUUCCUGUCCCCUAGAGAGCGCAUCUACAUAAUCCCCUCCCCUGGAGUUUGGGUAGAACCUACAAAUAUGAGCAGAUAUCACUUCUGGGACUAGGUUCAUCAAAAGGGAGAUCUGACUGAGUCUGACUUAAUAAGGUGAGCCUUUAAAAGGGGCUGGGGGCUCCCGAAAGCCACGGAGAUGGGAAGUGUUAGAAGGCCUGUGAAAGGUCUAGCUGACAUACAGCUGGCCUCUGGCCAACAGCUGGAGAGACAAAAAGGGACCUCAGUCCAACAACCACAACGAAAUUCUGCCAGAGGGCUUAGAAGGACCCCAAACCUCAGAUGAGAUCCCACUUGCAGACCCUUUGAUUUCAACCUUGUGUGACUGAGCAAAGCCGUCAACUAUGCCACGUCCAGACUUCUGACCUACAGGACUGAGAAAACGAAUAGGUGUUGUUUUGAAGCCACUGAUUUGUGGUAAUUCGUUAUGCAGCAAUAGAAAACUAACAACACUCAAGUAUUUCUCAUAUAACGUCCGGCAGAUAUGAAAGUUUUUCAGGCGUCAUUUUACAAAUAUCUUCCUAGCUGCUUUAAGAAUAAAUUUUUCUCAAACUUGACAUGAACAUUAAUUGUGCAAUAUCUCCUUAAUAAUUCUCACCCUUUUCAAUGAAAAGUCAUUGAGCUUGGUGAGUCAAGAUUCACUGAAAUAUUCUUCAAUGUUGAUGGGCCUCUUUGGUGAGGUGACCUUAUUCCUGAACUGCCCCCUAAGGGUGGGCAGGGUGGACAGAACGCAGCCUGGACUUCCGGACGCAGCCCCUUACCGCCCCGGACUCGCCUACCCCUCUGGCCUCUGAGGAGUGCCCUAAGCCCAGGACAGACGUGGAAAAAGGGCAGUAAAAAGGAUGCAGUUCUUCUCUUUAAUCCCUAACCCAAUUUCUCGGGAAAAGCCGCGUUCCCACACAGAAGGCGAACCCUGUAAAGCUGUGGCUUGGCUGCCGCGCACGCAGUCGCUUUACGAAUUCCCAAAGCAUCUAGCGGAAGUUUAGACCGUUCACUAGGGGUCACAUGGGCCACUUCGCGAGCAGCUGGCGAACAGUUCCUUUCAGUUUGAAAGUAUCUUUGAAACUCGGAAAUUGUGCUCCUUGGUCUUUCAGUUCAUAAGCCUAGAGAGUGGCUACUGAAAUUGGAAUCGUCAUCUUCUUCCCUCGGCCCCAACUAAUAGACCACGACCAGAAGACAUACCCUAACCUACACCUACCGUAGUGUCACACCCGGCACAGCGCGACCAGGUCCACCAACUGCGCCUGCGCGAACCGGCCGCUCCCGCGACAUCGCAGGAAGGCUGAGAGAAAGGGCAGGUCUCCGCUCCGUGGGGCUGGGCUUAAAGGCUCGUCGCGCCUGCGCAAAGGGCCUGACGACGUGCUGCGUCGUUACUUUUGAAACGCUUGGCGGGGAAGUGCUGUUGGAGCCGCUGUGGUUGCUGUCCGCGGAGUGGAAGCGCGUGCCUUUGUUUGUGUCCCUGGCCAUGGCGCUGCAGCUCUCCCGGGAGCAGGGAAUCACCCUGCGCGGGAGCGCCGAAAUCGUGGCCGAGUUCUUCUCAUUCGGCAUCAACAGCAUUUUAUAUCAGCGUGGCAUAUAUCCAUCUGAAACCUUUACUCGAGUGCAGAAAUACGGACUCACCUUGCUUGUAACUACUGAUCUUGAGCUCAUAAAAUACCUAAAUAAUGUGGUGGAACAACUGAAAGAUUGGUUAUACAAGUGUUCAGUUCAGAAACUGGUUGUAGUUAUCUCAAAUAUUGAAAGUGGUGAGGUCCUGGAAAGAUGGCAGUUUGAUAUUGAGUGUGACAAGACUGCAAAAGAUGACAGUGCACCCAGAGAAAAGUCUCAGAAAGCUAUCCAGGAUGAAAUCCGUUCAGUGAUCAGACAGAUCACAGCUACAGUGACAUUUCUGCCACUGUUGGAAGUUUCUUGUUCAUUUGAUCUGCUGAUUUAUACAGACAAAGAUUUGGUUGUACCUGAAAAAUGGGAAGAGUCGGGACCACAGUUUAUUACCAAUUCUGAGGAAGUCCGCCUUCGUUCAUUUACUACUACAAUCCACAAAGUAAAUAGCAUGGUGGCCUACAAAAUUCCUGUCAAUGACUGAGGAUGACAUGAGGAAAAUAAUGUAAUUGUAAUUUUGAAAUGUGGUUUUCCUGAAAUCAAGUCAUCUAUAGUUGAUAUGUUUUAUUUCAUUGGUUAAUUUUUACAUGGAGAAAACCAAAAUGAUACUUACUGAACUGUGUGUAAUUGUUCCUUUUAUUUUUUGGUACCUAUUUGACUUACCAUGGAGUUAACAUCAUGAAUUUAUUGCGCAUUGUUCAAAAGGAACCAGGAGGUUUUUUUGUCAACAUUGUGAUGUAUAUUCCUUUGAAGAUAGUAACUGUAGAUGGAAAAACUUGUGUUAUAAAGCUAGAUGCUUUCCUAAAUCAGAUGUUUUGGUCAAGUAGCUUGACUCAGUAUAGGUAGGGAGAUAUUUAAGUAUAAAAUACAACAAAGGAAGUCUAAAUAUUCAGAAUCUUUGUUAAGGUCCUGAAAGUAACUCAUAAUCUAUAAACAAUGAAAUAUUGCUGUAUAGCUCCUUUUGACCUUCAUUUCAUGUAUAGUUUUCCCUAUUGAAUCAGUUUCCAAUUAUUUGACUUUAAUUUAUGUAACUUGAACCUAUGAAGCAAUGGAUAUUGUACUGUUUAAUGUUCUGUGAUACAGAACUCUUAAAAAUGUUUUUUCGUGUGUUUUAUAAAAUCAAGUUUUAAGUGAAAGUGAGGAAAUAAAGUUAAGUUUGUUUUAAAUUUGUCUUAAAA